GAAGUCGCCGGCGGCGCUGCGUUAGCCAUUGAGGAUGACGAUGAGUCCAAGACGAGGAACCACGGCCCGCUUGGUGCGCGGCUUUCGAGGAUGCUCUGCUUUCGGAUAGCACAAAGCCGUCGUUCUUGUUUCUUACCAGUGGCUUUUCUUCUCAUCCUCAUCGUUGCUCUCUUCAUCAGGCAUCACUUUGGCCCAAGGGAAUGCGAGUCCCGAGACGGUUCCUUCACCCGCAUGGCCAUGUUUUCAGGGAGCAUUGGCGGGCUAGCCUCCGAUUUUGGGAUCCUUGGCGUGCCCUGGUGUAGAUCGAAAGAUGGUAGAACAGUGGAAUGGGGUCCCAUGGAUUUGAUUAAGGGAUUAGAAGAGUUUGUGCCAAUCUAUGACACUCGGCCUAUAAAAAACAACACACAUGGAAUGGGAUUUGAUCACAGCUUUGGUCUUUGGUUCAUGGCACGGUGGCUAAAACCGGUAUUAAUGAUUGAGAGUGGAGUUUUCAACGGGCAUUCCACUUGGGUUCUACGCCGGGCAAUGCCAGAAACUCCGAUCAUAUCUCUUUCACCGCGCCAUCCAGAAAGUUAUCUGAUGGAGGGCCCUGCUUACGUUGAUAAAAACAGCACAUAUUUUGCUGGGAAUGAAUUUGUGGAUUUUGGGAGUAUUGACUGGGGAAAUGUUUUGGAGAAGCAUGGAAAUUUUGAUAUCAAGCAGGUUCUUAUUUUCUUUGAUGAUCACCAAAAUCAUUUGAAAAGACUGAAGCAAGCACUAAAGUUUGGCUUUCAGCAUCUCAUAUUUGGGGACAACUGUGAUACUGGAACUGGGGAUCAUUAUUCGCUAAGGCAGAUAUGUGAUCAAUUCUAUGUUGGAGGUGGUGGGCAUAGCUGCUUCAUAGAUGGAGACGAAGCAAGAAUAAGGAGAAAAAGAAGAAAGAUGUGGGAAAACGCUGUGGACAUAGAAGAGUUAUGUGGUAAUGGGAAGGCAUGGUGGGGUGUCAGAGGAGAGCUACGAGAUGAUUUGAACCACAGCAACAGAGAAAUUUCUUAUUUCGACCAUUUUCACAUUAGCAGGUUUGUGGAGUCAUUGCUUGAUGUGUACUGGGAGUUCCCGCCCGUCGCUGGGCCCUCUCUCACCCACCAAACUAGUUAUGACCCAGCACGCACGUCAAAUCCCAUCGUCGAGGAUGGCCAAUAUUUGCUUUUCAAAAGACUUGGCCUGGCCAGGCUCGAUGCCUCCGUAUUCAACUGGUACAUCCAGAUGGUCUAUUUGAAGAUAUCUUCACCAAGCUCGAAGCAUUUGGUUGUGUAAUAGGAGAUAAGGGAUUUACAUGCAUA